AGACGAUGAUGGUGCUCGUCGAUUUCCUCUGCGCACCAUCCCAGCCAUCGUCAAGCACUCCCACUCGAAGAAACAAGAUCGAAGAGGUUUCGUUCGCGCUGAGGCUGAGCGACGAUAUGAUGGUUCCCAUCUUCCGUCGAGCGACGAUCGGAUGGGUGUCGCUUCAGCUCCUCCCUGGCCCUGGCGGCAGCAGCGCUCACCAGUAACCCAAAUGAUGUGUGACGGCACUGGAAUUUCCCUGCUCACUACGACACUUGCCUAGUGCUCUGCUAGUGGAGUGGCCAAAUUUCCCGAUUACCUGAUCUCUUCAAGCAGCAUUCGCGAAGAUGAUGCUGAUUUCCUCUUGCAGUCUUCCCCAACCAUCCCUUCCCAGCUCGUCAAGCACUCCCCCUCUCUCAGAAACGACGAUCGAUGGUUCCCAUCUUCCGGCGAGCGACGAUCGGAUGGGUGUCGCUUCAGCUCAUGGUGGCAGCAGCAGCAGCAGCAGCCUUAGCGGGGCCGCCAGUAACCCUGCCUGGCUGCCGGGAGAGCUGCGGCGAAGUAAGCGUGCCGUAUCCUUUCGGCAUCGGCGUGGGCUGCUUCCACGAGGGUUUCGGCCUCACCUGCGACGACACGCAGCAGCCGCCGAAGCUGCUGCUCUUGGGCGACGACGGUGCAGUGGAGGUGCUCAACAUCUCCUUGGCGGACGGCACGGUAAGCAUCAACAGCACCGUGUUCUCAUCAGCCUCUGACACCGACGACGACUCUCCAGUCCCAGUGUUGAAUGGCACAUGGUCUCUGGCUCUCCCACACCCCCCUCAUCAGGCCUCGGCGGGGCCAUUCGUGUUGUCGAUCGAAUACAACUGGUUCGUGGCCAUGGGCUGCAACAUCGUGGCGCAGCUCGUCCCCGUCGGCUCAGAGAAGAACGCCGCCAGCAUCUGCGCCGCCAUGUGCGUCCACGAUAGGAACGAUGAUAUCAUCUCUGCUUGUUCGGGUAUUGGCCUCUGCCGCACACCUAUCAAAGCCUUGGCCCCUACGUACCAUAUAAAAGUUGUGUCCGUGCAAGUCUCGAUGCCUACUACUCCUACUACAUCGCAGCUGCUCGACACAACACAUGCAGCUGCGUUCAUUGUUGACAAGGCAUGGUACAGCAUUUACGGAUACGACAUGCCAAGCAAUACCACCUCCUCGUAUUGGCCGCAGAGCGUUCCGACAGUGCUGGAGUGGUGGUUGGAUCGAAUCCACGACGAGGACAUGCUGCCAGGGGACGGCGACGGGGACGGGGACGGGCCUCUUCAGUUUAUGUCUAGAUGCCUGAGCAACAACAGUUUCAUAUAUUACUCGGACGGAAAACAUGUCAAGAAACGAUGCAGCUGUUCCCAAGGAUACCAAGGCAAUCCAUACAUCAGAGAUGGAUGCCAAGACAUCGAUGAGUGUUUACAGCCGGAUGUUUAUCCAUGCCGUGGAACCUGCGUCAAUGUGCCAGGAACAUACCAAUGCUCACCAAACAAAAGCACCAGGAGCCUUUCAGUUCCAGGUUUAAUUACUAUAAUAGCAAUCAGUGGUGGUUUUGGACUACUGUUUUCACUUCUUGGUGUUACCAAAAUCUCCAAAAAACUUAAGCAACAAAGAGCCAGGAAAUUGAAACAGAAGUUUUUCAAGAGAAACCAUGGAUUGCUUCUCCAACAGUUGAUCUCUUCAAAUGAAGACAUUGCCGAAAGGACAAAGAUUUUUAGCUUAGAAGAUCUAGAGCAAGCAACCAAUAAAUUUGAUCAGAAUCGGAUCCUUGGUGGUGGAGGCCAUGGCAUAGUAUACAAAGGCAUCUUAGCUGAUCAACGCGUUGUGGCCAUCAAAAGGUCCAAAAUUGUGGUUCAAAGGGAAAUUGAUGAGUUCAUAAAUGAGGUUGUCAUACUUUCACAAACCAACCAUAGAAAUGUGGUGAAGCUCUUUGGGUGUUGCCUCGAGACGGAAGUUCCUUUACUAGUUUAUGAGUUCAUAUCAAAUGGGACCCUAUCAUACCAUCUUCAUGGACAAAGUGAAAGGCCUUUGCCAUGGAAAGACAGAUUGAGGAUAGCACUAGAAACUGCAAGGGCAAUCGCAUAUCUGCAUUGCUCAGCUUCCAUAUCAGUGUUUCAUAGAGAUAUCAAAUCUACAAAUAUACUACUUACCGAUACUUUAACAGCAAAAGUGUCAGAUUUUGGAGCUUCAAGGUCAAUUUCAAUAGAUGAAACAGGGAUACACACUGCCAUUCAAGGAACGCAUGGUUACCUUGAUCCUGAAUAUUAUUACACUAGUCGUCUCACCGAGAAGAGUGAUGUUUAUAGCUUUGGUGUAAUCUUAGCAGAGCUAUUAACAAGGGUUAAACCGGUAUUCUCUACUCAUUCGUUAGAAGUCAAAAGCCUAGCAUCACACUUCGUGACUGUGAUAAAAGAUCAUCGUUUGUUAGAUAUUCUAGACCCACAAAUUGUUGAAGAGGGAGGGGCUGACGAUGCUGAGGUUGUUGCGAGGCUUGCAGAAGCAUGCUUAUGCUUAAAAGGUGAAGAAAGGCCUACAAUAAGGCAAGUGGAGAUAACUCUUGAAGGUGUGCCAGGAUCAAAGGUCCACUCCAGUUCUCGAGUUUCAAGAACAAUUCAAAUUGUUCAAAAAGAUCAGUCACACAACCGAAGCAAAGGCAAUGAAGGAACUACUCUAUACAGUUUGGAGAAAGAGUUCAUACAAUCAUUUGAAAUUCCAAGAUGAUAUUUGAUUUUAUGGGUUCAUAUUUUUUAGUAACUUUUAGUGCCAUUUUGCUAACUUGGCAUCAAUUCUAAACUUAGAGAUACCUUGUGCACCUCCACAAUAUUAUGGUUGAUGUAGAACCAAUAAGUUAUAUACUAGUAGUAAAUAAGUGAACUUUGUUCA